AUGGAAACCAGUAUUAGAUACCAGGAAAACCUUUGCCCCAUUUGUCAGGGCAUCCUUCUUGUCAGAACUUCUGAUGCGUCCAAAGGCUGGGUGAAAGCCACGGGGCAAACCCUUCAAAUAUUUAGGGAAGCUGUGGAGAAUAAGUGUAUUAUCUGCUCAGUUGUAUGGUAUCUGAGCCGUCAGUAUCGCCACCUUUGGUCCGAAUCGCCUGAACUAUGGGAGCCUAUGAACUUUUGGGCUCAUAUAGACUCAUGUGAACAAAAUAUUAUUAAGCUUCAUGUUCUGUACAAUAACCCUCUUAAGAAUCAGACUACUGAGGCCAAAUUUCGUCUCAUUUCCACAAACGAUUUUGAACAUCGUCUGAAUCUUGACUUCCCCGCCCUCGAAGCCACUGUGGCGCAAACUUCUCAGUUAAUGACCGGACUACAAUGGCUCAAUAAUUGCCGCUCUUCCCAUCUCCGUUGUUGCGAGUCACGCCCUUCAGCUGCGAGCUGGCUACCGACGCGGCUGCUUGAUGUUGGAAACGAAGGAUGUACAAGCUGGAGACUCUGCAUCACAUCAGAAGACGCGAUCUUACCACCAUCAGCUCCGUACAUGACGCUUAGUUACCGUUGGGGCCCAGACCCUCAUCUACGUCUCUUAUCAUCAAACAUCGCAAGCUUUCGGCAAGGUCAACCUAUUAUGAACCUUCCUGUUCUGUUUAAGGAUGUCAUUAAGGUCUCUCACCAUUUUUCUAUCCGGUAUCUCUGGAUUGAUUCCUUAUGCAUCAUCCAAGACUCGGAAGAAGAUUGGGAAAAGGAAUCCUUGACAAUGCAAUAUGUUUAUUCCAACUCUACAUGCAACCUCGCCGCAUCGGCAUCUGAAAGUCCAGAAAGUAGGCUUACCUAUAAAAGAAACUUGGACUUCAUCCGCCCUGGUAAGGUUCAAAGCUCACUAUUUUCUGAUAGGCUCCGGAGUUUCUAUAUUUAUGAUAAAACGUACUGGAACCGGCAGAUCUUCGCUGGCCCCCUACAUAAUCGAGGCUGGGUCUUUCAAGAGUGGUUCCUUUCACCGCGUGUCCUGUACUUCGGCAAAAAUCAACUCCUCUGGGAGUGUCGGACUAAUCAUCGAUGCGAGGUAUUUCCCGAAGGCAUACCGUCACAUUACUCCGACAAGGCAAUGGAUUCAUUCAUGGAGCACCGACUGGGCAUGAAUCCAGUGCAGGCGAAGAGAAUGACUUUGGGGACAUUCAAUCUUUGGAGUGAUCUUGUCCAACAAUACUCUCGAUGCAAUCUUACCAGACAUUCCGAUAAACUUCACGCCAUAGCAGGCAUUGCUAAGCUGUUUGAGGAAUUCACUGGCGACGAAUAUGUAGCAGGACUAUGGAAGUCAUACUUCACCGCCAUGUUGGACUGGAGAGUAUUCGAACCCAAGUCGUGUGACUCUACGGGUUAUCGUGCCCCUUCAUGGUCUUGGGCAUCUGUGGAUAGUCCUGUUCGGACUUUUGGUCUCUCAGCCAAGGCAGAGUUUCUCGUGGAACUGGCCAAAUUGGUCAUCGAAACUCGGACACCUGAUAAAAUGUCCGCCAUUGUUGGCGCCUCUGCCGUGCUCAAAGCUCGGGUCAUACCGGUUGUUUGCCAGUCAAUCCGUAUGCCGUUUGCUACUUUCCAGGCUCCUGCUGGCAAGUUCAAAGUACAAAUUUACCCAGACACUAUCGAUCUGAAAUUGACGGACGGCGACAAAAUUUCAUACAUGCCCUUGAAACUUGAUUAUCAAUAUGGGGAGAGUGGCGAAAGAAUCCCCUACGUGGUUUGCUUAAUGCUAGAGGAAAAUGCCCAAUCACUUGCGCUCCAAAGUCAAUAUCGUCGACUAGGAUGCUUCGUCCUUAGGCAGGAGUAUGGUGAUGAGAUGACAGCGCUCUGCUUCGGAUCUGAAACCAGGAAGGUUGAGAUUAUUUAA